AUGAGGGAGCACAAUGACGUGCCGCUGCACGUGACGACCCUGACGCUGCUGCUGGCUGCGGCGGAGCGCCACCGCGCCGUGCUGACGCCGGCCAAGCCGCGGCUGUCGGCCGCCGGCUGCGCCCUCGUCACCUGGCUGCUCGCCCUCAUCGUCGUCAUCCCUUACCCCUUCUACACCUCCUACGUAGACCUCGGGUCGCUGGUGCACGGCCGUGCCUCUGGUGUGGGUCUGUGCACGGUGCACAUGGCGGACAGCAUGCAGGUGUACAUGCGGGGCAUCUUCCUCUUCACGUUCGUGCUGCCGCUGACGGUGACGGCGUGCCUGCAGCUGCGCAUCUCGCGGGAGCUGCGGGCCCGCCAGCAGCAGGCGGCGCCGCGACAGCAGCACGUGCUGGCCGUCGUGCUGCGGGAGGCCGCCCACUCCAGGGACGACAUCCUGCCGCACAGGUACACCGCCAGUAGCCGGCGCUCCUCUCCACGCGACCACGCAGCAGACCCGAGGGCGGUGGACGAGCGCGACACGUACGAACUGCAGGUGGAUCUGUGGAGGGAGCGGCGAGCGCACAAGUACCUUGUCUCCAUGGCGACGGCGUUCGCCAUCUGCCUGGCUCCGCUCAUGCUGCUUCGCUGA